CUAGUGACCGGCUGUACACAGGGUCCUUCCGAGGAGCCCUCUCCUCUUCUCCUCCCCUACAGCCGCCGGGGGGGCCCCGCCGGCACCAUGUGGGUCACUCAACUCCUGCCCGCCUUGCUGCUCCAUCAGCUGCUGCUGCUUCCCAGCACCAUCCCUGUGGCAGAGGGCAAAGGAAAAAGGAGAAAUCCUCUUCAUGACUACAAAAAAACAGGAGAGUUGAUGCUCAUUAAAGUAAACAAAACACUGGAAGUAAAAACCAAGCUUUUAAAUACCACUGAGCAAUGUGCCAAGAGAUGCAGCAGGAACAAAGGCCUUUCAUUCACUUGCAAGGCCUUUGCUUAUGACAGAGUUACAAAACGAUGCCAUUGGUUAUCCUUCAACAGCUUGACAAAUGGUGUGAGAAAGAAGCAGGACCAUGCAUUUGAUCUGUAUGAAAAGAAAGACUAUGUCAGGAAUUGUAUAAUUGGAAAAGGGGCAGAUUAUAAAGGAACUAUAUCUGUUACCAAAAGUGGUAUCCAGUGUCAAGCCUGGAAUUCAAUGAUCCCCCAUGAGCACAGCUUUUUGCCUUCGAGCUAUCGGGGUAAAGACCUGCGGGAAAACUACUGCCGAAAUCCCCGAGGGGAAGAGGGAGGGCCAUGGUGCUUCACCACCAGUCCUCAGACACGCCACGAAGUCUGUGACAUCCCUCUCUGCUCACAAGUUGAAUGCAUGACUUGCAAUGGAGAGAGUUACAGAGGGCCAAUGGAUCACACUGAGACGGGCAAGGAGUGUCAGCGCUGGGAUCUUCAGAGACCACACAAGCACAAAUUUCGUCCAGAGAGAUAUCCUGACAAGGGCUUUGAUGAUAAUUACUGCCGCAAUCCCGAUGGCAAGCUGAGACCAUGGUGUUACACUCUUGACCCUAACACCCCCUGGGAGUUCUGUGCAAUUAAAACGUGUGAUGAAAGCAUCGUGAACAGCACGGAGGCAGCAGCUGAGACAUCAACCUGCAUUCAGGGACAGGGUGAGGGUUACCGUGGCAUGGCAAACACCAUAUGGAGUGGAAUCCCCUGCCAGAGGUGGGACUCCCAGUUUCCUCACCAGCACAACAUCACUCCUGAGAACUUCAAGUGCAAGGAUUUGAGGGAGAACUACUGCCGAAAUCCAGAUGGAUCUGAAUCCCCCUGGUGUUUUACCACUGACCCAAACAUCCGUAUUGGUUAUUGCUCCCAGAUUCCUAAGUGCGAUGUAUCCAGUGAACAAGAUUGUUAUCGUGGCAAUGGCAAGAGCUACAUGGGAAAUAUAUCCAAGACAAGAUUUGGGCUUACUUGCUCCACAUGGGACAAGAAUAUUGAAGACUUACGUAGGCAUAUACAAAUAUUCAGAGAACCAGAUGUUAGUAAACUGAAGAAAAACUAUUGCCGCAAUCCAGAUGAUGAUUUUCAUGGUCCCUGGUGUUACACAGAUGAUCCUCUUGUUCCCUGGGAUUACUGCCCUAUUUCUCGAUGCGAAGGUGAUACAACCCCUACUACAACCACUUUGGAUGAUACUGUCAUUCCUUGUGCUUCUACAAAACAUUUGAGAGUUGUAAAUGGAAUCCCAACACAAACUAAUGAAGGAUGGGUGGUUAGUUUGACCUACAGAAAUAAGCAUAUCUGUGGAGGUACUUUGAUAAAAGAAGAGUGGGUUCUAACAGCAAGGCAGUGCUUCCCUUCUCGGUACAAAGAUUUGAAAGACUACAAAGCCUGGCUUGGAGUUCAUAACAUAAAGGGAAAGGGAGAGGAGAAGCAUAGACAAGUUCUGAACAUCUCCCAGUUGGUAUAUGGCCCCGCAGGGUCAGAUUUGGUCUUACUGAAACUAAGCAGACCUGCCAUAUUAACAAAUUUUGUUGAAAUAAUCCGAUUGCCCAUUUCUGGAUGUACCAUUCCAGAGAAGACCAGUUGCAGUGUUUAUGGAUGGGGAUACACUGGAUUAAUUAACUAUGAUGGCCUUCUCCGGGUAGCAAACCUGUUUAUCUUGGGAAAUGAGAAAUGCAACCAAUAUCUCAAAGGGAAGAUCACUGUGAACGAGUCAGAAAUCUGUGCUGUGGCUGAAACCAUUGGUGCUGGGCCUUGUGAGAGAGAUUAUGGUGGUCCCUUGGUUUGUGAACAGAACAGGCUGAAGAUAGUAGUUGGUGUCAUUGUUCCUGGACGAGGAUGUGCCAUUCGAAAUCGUCCUGGGAUUUUUGUUCGGGUCUCAUAUUACUCCCGGUGGAUACACAAGAUUAUGAUGACCUACAGAAAACCCUGAAAAACUCAGCAACUUCCAUUCCAAGAAAGGUUUUGGACAGCAUGUAAUUAACGUGUAAUGUAAAGAUCAACAAUUUUUUAACUACUUGAUAGUCAGACUUGUGGAGCUUCUUUUAAUAUUUAUGUGUGGUUUUGGUCUUUUUGUCUAUCAGUGUUGUUUUAUAAAUGUUGGAAUGAGCUACAGUAUAUGCAACUAUGGUGACAUAUCUCCUGAAGAUACUUGAAUGGGUAAACAAUUUUGCAAAGAUAUUAUUACUGGAUGAUAAAAGGUUUUGUAGAAAUUGAUCAUAU